AUGGUUUUUGAAUUCGACGCCAAUUCUACAGUCCCGUUGUGGAUAAAUGGCACCCAGCGAGUCACGAAUACGACAUUUGACGUGAUUUCGCCGCUCCACCAGCAGGUCUUGUGGAAAGCCUCUGCGGCCGACGAAGACGAUGUACGAGAUGCGAUUGCAUCUUCUACAGCUGCUUUUGAGAAAUGGAGAUGGAAAAAGCCCCAGGAGCGACGAGAAAUAUUUCUGCGGGCUUACCAACUCCUGAAGGAACUUCGUGACGAGAGCCGAGAAUACAGCAGCACAGAGACGGCCGUUCCGGUCGGAUCCUUUGAAUUCGAAUAUGGCACUGCAAUAGACAUGUGUCUACAACUAGCCGGAUUAUCUUCCUAUUAUGGAACUGUAGUUGACCCUGACGAGAAAGACACGAGUGCAAUGUUUAUCAACCAACCAUAUGGUGUGGUUCUAGGUAUCGCACCCUGGAACGCCCCUCACACCCUAGGAAUGCGAGCCUGUCUUUUUCCGCUCGCAGCUGGCAACACAGUCAUCCUGAAAGGUCCUGAACUAGCUCCAGCAACAUACUGGCAUUUUGUCUCGAUUCUGCACAAAGCUGGUCUUCCAGCUGGUUGUCUGAAUACCAUCUACCAUCGGCCAAGUGAUGCUGCUUCAAUCACUAGCCAAUUGAUUGCGCACCCAGCUAUUCGAAAAGUAAACUUUACUGGAAGUACUGCUGUAGGGUCAAUCGUUGCCAAACUUUGUGGAAAAUACCUGAAGCCCUGUCUUCUUGAGCUCGGCGGGAAAGGAGCAGCAAUCGUCUGUGCAGACGCAGAUCUUGAGUUGGCAGCAGAGCAGUGCGCUCUGGGAGCCUUCAUUCAUUCAGGCCAAGUGUGCAUGAGUACAGAGCGCAUCGUUGUCAAUGCUAACGUUGUAGAGGACUUUCGCGUGGCCUUGAAAGCAGCGAUAAGUCGACUCUUUGGCUCGGACCAUCCAUCACCAAUACUUAUAAAUGAGCAGUCCGCAACCAAAGUUCGGGCUCUCUUAGAGGAUGCAGUCACUAAGGGGGCCAGCCUUCUACAUGGAUCUCUGUCCAAUGGAAACGAUAGGGCAAAUAGAAUACGACCUGUUGUACUCGAGAACGUUAAACCUGGUAUGGACCUCUAUUACCAAGAAUCCUUCGGCCCAUCAGUGUCGCUAUACGUGGUCACAGACGAUGAGCAGGCGUUAUCCUUGGCUAACGAUACUACAUAUGGUCUGACUGCGGCGGUAUUUACAGAAGAUUUGCGACGAGGAAUCAAGUUUGCAAGACACUUGGAGACGGGAGCUGUGCAUAUUAACAACAUGACUAUCCACGACGAGGUGUCUCUGCCUCACGGUGGUGUCAAGGACAGUGGAUUUGGCCGGUUCAAUGCGCCAGACGGGUUGAAAGAAUGGGUCAAGACGAAGGUGAUCACCUGGCGGGAUUGA